GCCGUUUACACUAAGGAAGCUUAUUCCUAAUCAAUGGCGGAUCUAAACCAAGUUUUCACCCAAAUCGGGCAAUUCCCAGUACUUUUGUCGUGAUUUUUCAUCUCCAAGUUUUUAGCUUCAGGCCCAGUUCUCCAUUACGCUCAAACUCAAUCAAUCUUCGAGGACGAAGAAGAAGAAAAACCCAGAGAAAUGGAAAAGCUGAAGAAGAAAAUAGGAUCGAUUUCGUUUUGGAAAUGGGUUAUAGCUUCAGUCAUCUUCAGAUUGAUUCUAAUUUACUUCCCCCAAAACCUCAAUCUGUCCUCUCGUCCCGAAGUUUCCACUCCGCUCACCAGCUUCCGCCGCUUGGCUGAAGGUUACUGGUUAAAGCAGUCGUCUAUGUCUCCUUAUGCAGGAUCUAUGUACCAUGGUUCACCUUUGUUAUUGUUGCUUCUCGGACCUCUUACCGUUAAGAGAAUUGAAGGACAACCUAAUCAUAUUUUGUACAGUUUGGUUUCUGUGAUUGCAGAUCUUGUUAGUGCAAUGCUUAUUCGUGCUACUGGGCAGAAUCUUCAGCUUGCCUAUCUCCGUACUUUGGGAUCAUUAGACCUUGUUAAGCAAAUAGAAGGUUCAGAAAUCCACCCUUCGGGGGAUGUUGCCGCCCUUAUCUACUUAUGUAAUCCUUUCACAAUAGUUGCAUGUGUGGGCUUGUCAACAUCGCCAAUUGAAAAUAUGGCUGUUAUUUUGUGCCUUUAUGGAGCAUGUUCACGGCUAAUUCCCUUGGCCGCUUUUGGGUGGGUCAUUGCAACUCAUUUGUCUCUUUAUCCUGCUAUUUUGAUCAUUCCGGUGAUCUUUUUGUUAGGACGUGGUCCAGAUGCUCCUCCUUGGAAAUUGUUUUUGCAAAGGCACCAACAAAAUGGAAUGUUGAAUCAGUCGAAGCUCCCUCCUGGCUUCUCCUGGGGACCCAUCAUUCGUUUUGCAUUUUGGUCUCUUGUGUGGUCAGUCUAUGUGUUGGUUCUUUGUGGCAUUUCCUUGAAACAGUUUGGUGGUUUAUGGGAGAUGUUUAAAAGUACAUAUGGAUUCAUCCUCACUGUGGAAGAUUUGUCUCCAAAUAUAGGUGUCUUAUGGUACUUCUUUGCGGAAGUUUUUGAAUUUUUCAGGAGCUUCUUUUUGAUAGUUUUUCAUGUCAAUAUAUUAUUUAUGAUAUUGCCAUUAGCCAUACGGCUUCAUCACCGACCCUGUUACUUGGCUUUUGUAUACGUUGCCAUAUUUUCCAUGCUCAAGUCCUAUCCAUCAGUUGGAGAUUCAGCACUGUACUUGGGUUUGUUGGGUUGGUUUGUUAACGAAUUUUCAGAUAUGCAAUUCUCUCUAUUCCUCUUCUGUGGAUAUGUCGGGGUUUCUCUUCUAAGCCCUGUCAUGCACAACCUAUGGAUAUGGAGGGGCACUGGCAAUGCAAACUUCUACUUCGCAACAGCUAUGGUUUAUGCUUGCUUGCAGAUUGUAUUGGUCGUCGAGGGUGUGAGUGCCAUGUUAAACCAUGAAAGAAAGUUGAGACGCCUAAUCACCGGCAAGACCCAAGACUCCAAAUCCGGACUUCUUUCCGAUUCUUCACCUUAAUUCGGCACUACCAGAAAGAUCCUUCCGGGCAGGUUGGUGCCACCAUAUCUUUGCUCUCACCACUGUUCCAUUGUAUCGAGAUCAUGCUUGCCUUCACCCCAUGGAAUUCUUCGGAAAUGAUCGUUCAUUCGAUGUUUGUUUCACAUGAAUGGUUUUCCAUAACCUAAAAGUUCCUUAGAACCUUCCAUCACCAUUGAAGUUGUCAAAAAUUCGUUAAAAAUUGUUUUUAAAACCUUAAAGUUUUCAAUAGAAAGUGGAGGCUUUUUCACAUUACAUGAAAUAUUUCAAGUUGUGUUCAGAGAA